UGGUCAGCGUUCAAUGUUUCUCUUUCUUUUCAUCUUUUGGCCAAUAGCGUGCCUGCUUCAUGACGAACUUUCACUACCUAUAAAGAUGUUUCUGUCAGUCUGAGAUGAAAAAAUAAAGUGUUGGACACUUUAUAAGUUCAUUAUUGAAUCACUGGGAGCGUCUGGAAUAUGAAUGACAAACAUGUUUCACACGAUCUCGUUUAAAAACAUGUUCUUUAUAGAGGCAGUGAUUAUCGGGAUUAUUUUUCACUCUUGUGAUGCGCAUCAAGAGAAACACAAUGUCUACUACAGGUUUACAGUCCUGACUAAAGCAUUCCCAUUCCCUCCGUUCAGUGCUGUGGGAGUGUGUGAUGACAGAGAGUUUGCUCACUACAGUAAAGAAGAUGAAGGCUGGAUAAGAGCAAAUGUGAAUAAACAUGACAGGACCGAACCUCUUCCAGAACCAUAUGAAUCUAGAGACUGGUACAAAGAUCUGCUGAAGACUCUGUCAAACUGCCCAAACAGUUUCCCACUUUGUUCUGAGCUUCAUGUUCUUCAGAGAAUAAUUGGCUGUGAACUGGAGAAACUUCCUGAUGGAACAGUCAAGAGUCUGACAGCCUAUGAUGAAUAUGGAUUUGAUGGAGAGGAUUUUAUAUCCUUUAAUUUUGACACUAUGCAGUGGAUUGACAAAAGCCCCAAAGCCAAAGAAACUAAAGAAGAUUGGGAUCAUCAAACAGCACGAAACCAAAUCCUUGAGUAUUUCCUCAAGAUCUGCAUGAACUGGAUCUCCACAUAUAACAACACGCAUAUGAGUCGACCAGAUGUUCAUGUCUUUGCACUGAAAGCUGCUCCAGUUGACCAAAAUAAGCAAAAACUGACGUGUCUGGCCACUGGUUUCUACCCCAGAGAUGUUCAGAUGAACAUUAGAUUGUACAGAAUUAAUCUUGAGGAUCAAACAUCUUCUGGAAUCAGAGCAAAUGAUGAUGGAACCUUCCAGAUGAGAAUCAGUGUGAAGAUCAACAGAAAUUAUAAAGGAUCUUAUGACUGUCUGGUCAUUCACAGCAGUCUGACUGAACCAGUUACAGUAGUCUGGGAUGGAAAAUGUUCUAACUGUGAACCAGAACCUCGAUGGGAUGUUGGAGCAGUAGCAGUAGUUCUCCUUCUCACUGUGAUUGUGAUUGUGAUUGUGAUUUACUUCAUCUACAAAAGGAAAAAAUCAAAUGAUCUGAAGAGAAGCAGGCACAAUUAUGGCUCAAUGGUUGUUCGGUCACAAAAUGAUCAGUCAGAAGAUGAUCAGUAAAGACUGUAAUAGAGAAGAUUAUUAUGAUGAGGACCACAUAUCAUCAUCUACACACAGGUAUCUCCACAUCACAUUCACUGUCUUUCUUUAUGCAAUGAGAGUUGGAGAAAUCAAAUCAAAAUCAGUCCAAACUGCAGCAGGUACAGACUCCAGUGGAUCAGCAGUGUUUUAAUUAAUUGUUUUAAUCAGUAAUGUUACAUUGAUGUGUGUCCCUGUUGUGUUCCUGUAGCUCAGCUAACGGUGACCACAUUGUUAGUAGUGCCAUUGUUUGAUUCCCGGAGAAAACAUGUAUUGAUCAAAUGUACAGCUUGAAUACUUUGUAAGUCUUUUUGAUAAACUGUCUGAUAAAUGCAUUAAUGUGCCUCUUUGGCCAAUGUGUUCUUCAAUGCAAUAAAUGAAAUACAUGUCUUAA